AUGUCCUACAUCCCGGGCCAGCCCGUCACGGCCGUGGUGCAAAGAGUUGAAAUUCAUAAGCUGCGUCAAGGCGAGAAUUUAAUCCUGGGCUUCAGCAUUGGAGGUGGGAUUGACCAGGAUCCUUCCCAGAAUCCUUUCUCAGAAGAUAAGACGGAUAAGGGCAUCUAUGUCACACGGGUAUCGGAAGGAGGCCCCGCUGAAAUUGCUGGGCUACAGAUUGGAGACAAGAUCAUGCAGGUGAACGGCUGGGACAUGACCAUGGUCACACACGACCAGGCCCGGAAGCGGCUCACCAAGCGCUCGGAGGAGGUGGUGCGCCUGCUGGUGACGCGGCAGUCGCUGCAGAAGGCCGUGCACCAGUCCAUGCUGUCCUAG